AUGGGGGGGCGAGGGCAGUCAGCGCCAGGAGCUGAGCCAGCCGAGAGCAACCUGAUCGAGCAGGAAACAGGCCUGCCGCCAGACAAAGCAUCACCCAGCACCUGGAGCCUUUGUUCCCUAGCUGCCCGUUGCAAACUUUCCCAGGCACCUGCAGCCGGGCCUCAGGAGCACCUGGGCCAGGAAGGGGCUCCCACGGGAUCUGGUUUUUCUGCAAAAGGGAGUGGCCUGACUUGUUACCGGGAGGGAGGUCUUGUGACAUAA